AUGAGUCCACCAUUCCAUUCAUUUCAUCUGCAUAAGCUCUGUUAUGCAUUUAUGAUUUUGCUGCCUGGUGUAACAAUCCUCACUGCCACUGCCAUUAGGACCAAUAAUGGCGGAAACGAGACAGAUCGACUUGCCUUGUUGGCCUUCAAGGAAAAGAUCACAAAUGACCCUCAAGGUGUUUUGAGGUUGUGGAAUGAUUCUCUCAACUUCUGCGACUGGAAUGGUGUUCAAUAUGGACGUCGGCACAGGAGAGUCACCACGAUAGAUUUAGAGUCUAGAGGCAUAGCGAGCACCUUGUCCCCUUAUCUUGGGAACCUCAGCUUUCUUCGGGUGUUUAAUCUCAGUAACAUCUUUCAAGGUGAAAUUCCCCUUGAACUUGGUCGUCUGUUUAGGCUUGAAAUAUUGGACCUGAAUGGAAACAACUUUGAAGGAAAAAUCCCAUCCACGCUAUCGCGCUACUCAGAACUCACGUUCCUUAGUGUUGCGAACAAUAAUCUAGUUGAAAAAAUUCCAGAUGAGCUUAGCUCCUUGUCAAAGCUUACAAAUUUUCAAAUUCAUGUAAACAAAUUUACAGGAGGGAUUCCUUCCUUCAUUGGGAAUCUUACAUUGUUGGAAACCAUGUCUGCAGCUUAUAAUCAUUUGGUAGGAAGUAUUCCAGAUGCAUUCGGCCAAUUGAGAAACAUAAUGGCAAUUGGAUUGGGUGGAAAUAACCUCUCUGCCAGACAUAGGUAUGAUGCUUCCUCAUCUUCAACUCCUGCAGCUGGAAGCUAA